CUGGGCUUCUACCAUGACUGACACCGUGUUCAGCAACAGCUCUAGCCGUUGGAUGUGUCCCAGUGACCGACCCCAGCAAUCAAAUGAUAAAGAACAGCUACAGACAGGAUGGUCCGUUCACCCCAGUGGUCAGCCAGACAGACAGAGGAAGCAGGAAGAGCUGACAGAUGAAGAGAAGGAAAUCAUCAACAGGGUGAUUGCUCGUGCUGAGAAGAUGGAAGAGAUGGAGCAGGAACGAAUCGGGCGCCUGGUGGACCGUCUGGAGAACAUGAGGAAGAACGUGGCGGGGGACGGGGUGAACUGCUGCAUACUGUGUGGAGAACAGCUGGGAGUGCUGGGCUCUGCCUGUGUAGUGUGUGAGGACUGUCAGAAGAAUGUCUGCACCAAGUGUGGGGUGGAGACCUCCAACAGCCGCCCACACCCUGUGUGGCUCUGCAAAAUCUGCAUCGAGCAGAGAGAGGUGUGGAAGCGCUCUGGAGCAUGGUUCUUCAAGGGCUUCCCCAAACAGGUCCUCCCGCAGCCUAUGCCCAUAAAGAAGACCAAGCCCCAGCAGCCAGCCAGUGAGCCCGCUGCCCCUGAGCAGCCCACCCCUGAGCCCAAACACCCUGCCCGGGCUCCAACUCGAGGUGACUCUGAUGACAGGAGGGGCCCAGGUCAGAAAACAGGCCCUGACCUGGCCUCUGCUCCUGGGCGAGGAAGCUAUGGGCCUCCUGUGCACAGGGCCUCCGAGGCACGAAUGAGCUCAUCUAGCCGGGACUCAGAGAGCUGGGACCAGAGCCACGGCGGAGCUGUUGGUGACCCCAGCCUGAGCCCAGCAGGUUUGAGACGGACCAACUCAGUCCAGGCCUCUAGACCCACCCCGGCCUCGAUACAGAGUCCAGCGCCCCACCAGCCUGGGCAGCCAGGACCCCCAGGAGGCAGCAGACCCAGUCCCGGGCCAGCAGGACGUUUUCCAGAUCAGAGACCAGAGGUGGCUCCGAGUGACCCCGCCUGUACAGGGCCCACCGCCCCACCGCGAGAGGAGAGAACCGGGGGAGUUGGGGGCUAUUCGGCAGUUGGAGCCAAGGAGGACCGAGCGGGCCACCCACUGGGCCCCUAUUCCCAAGCGUCUGCUGCUGCUCCCCAGCCGGCCGCGGCCCCGGCCCGCCAGCCCCCACGCCCGGAGGAGGAGGAGGAGGAGGAGGAAGCCAACAGCUAUGAUUCAGAUGAAGCAACCACCCUGGGUGCCCUGGAGUUCAGCCUUCUCUUCGACCAGGACAACAGCUCCCUGCACUGCACCAUCAUGAAGGCCAAGGGACUGAAGCCCAUGGAUUCCAAUGGUUUGGCCGAUCCCUACGUUAAGCUGCACCUCCUGCCAGGAGCCAGCAAGUCCAACAAGCUUCGUACGAAAACCCUGCGGAACACCCGAAAUCCCAUCUGGAAUGAGACUCUGGUCUAUCAUGGCAUCACGGAUGAGGACAUGCAGAGGAAGACCCUCAGGAUCUCUGUCUGUGAUGAGGACAAAUUCGGCCAUAAUGAGUUUAUCGGUGAGACCAGAUUCUCGCUCAAAAAAUUGAAGCCCAACCAGAGGAAGAACUUCAAUAUCUGUCUGGAGCGGGUGAUCCCGAUGAAGCGUGCUGGAACCACCGGGUCAGCCCGAGGCAUGGCCCUUUAUGAAGAGGAGCAGGUGGAGCGUAUUGGUGACACAGAGGAACGCGGCAAGAUCCUGGUGUCCCUCAUGUACAGCACACAGCAGGGAGGCCUCAUUGUGGGCAUCAUACGCUGCGUGCACCUGGCGGCCAUGGAUGCCAAUGGCUACUCAGAUCCAUUUGUCAAGCUCUGGCUGAAACCAGAUAUGGGAAAGAAAGCCAAACAUAAGACUCAAAUUAAGAAGAAAACCUUGAAUCCUGAAUUUAAUGAGGAAUUUUUCUAUGACAUCAAACAUAGUGACCUGGCAAAGAAGUCACUGGACAUCUCAGUCUGGGACUAUGACAUUGGCAAGUCCAAUGAUUACAUCGGAGGCUGCCAGCUGGGGAUCUCAGCCAAGGGAGAGCGCUUAAAACACUGGUACGAGUGUCUGAAAAACAAGGACAAGAAGAUAGAACGCUGGCAUCAGCUACAGAAUGAGAACCACGUGUCAAGCGAUUAG